UGACAACUCAAAAGUGCCACGCCAUUGAUCCACACUGUUUACAUCAGUACCUACCUUGUGCUGAUCUCACUAAGACCUCGCGUUCGGUCACCUUCACGUGCGCCAAUGAUGUGUCGCAGGUCAUGACAAUAUCGAUACUACAACCCGCGUCACCGACUCUGACAACUUGAGCGUGUUAAAUACGCACCAAAGGAAAUCAGAUGUCCUCUGUACUGGAAGUUGUUCUGCUGACACAUCCUUUCUUCUCUGGCUUGGCGUGCCAUCCAAUCGGAGUGACACGCGUGUACAAGAAAGUCCGUACGCAGACCAUGCCAACCUUGUUUUCUAUUCCAUCUCUCAGUAUGAAAUUCUGGAGCGGCAAGCAUGCGAUAUCGUACAGCUCAUCUAGAACGCUUUCGAUACUCUGCCGGGGUAAGAUCGUCACCUGUUUGAAUGAGUAAUCAAGCUGUUAUAGGCGAGAGGCUAAGUCGCGAAGAGCUUUUCAAAUACACAAAUGGUCGCUUCUUGGUCAGAGAGAAGGAAUCAUGCGACCAAAGAUAUCUGGAAUUUGAUUUGGACCAACUCUGCGCUGUAGCCGCCUCUGUCAGCAGUAACAAAUCGCCUGUCCGCACAAUCGAGAAGCUCGAAGGUGGCUUCAGCAAGGCAUUAAUAAUGAGCAAAGAAGAUGGUACGGAGGUCGUUGCUAAACUUCCCUUCUCUAUUGCUGGCCCGUCCAGGUACCUAACAGCAUCUGAAGCAGCCGUUCUGCAAUACUUGCAUAAUCACACCCCAGUUCCGGUCCCUAAAGUCCUAGCAUGGAACGCCGACUCCUCAAACCCAGUUGGCGCCGAAUAUAUCAUAAUGGAAAAGGCUGCUGGCUGCCAACUAGUCAAAAAGUGGGGAGAGAUGGAAGAUCUAAGUCAUUUCGAAUUCAUCAAAAACCUUUGCAAGAUUGAAGCUGAUCUAGCGGCAAUUGCUUUCCCAGCAAACGGAAGUCUUUACCUCCGUGAGUCAAUGAGGGCCGGCGACAAGUACAAACCUCUAGCGCCUGAGAUAGACCCCUCUGGCUCUUUCUGCAUCAGGACGUCUUGCGAGCGGUCAUGGUUCGGCAAAGACGAAGCGGAAUCUAUACAGGCUCGCUUUGACCGAGGGCCAUGGCCCACUCUUCCUGCUUUUGGUAUUGCGCUUGUCAACCGUGAGAUUGCACGCAUCGAACAAAACCCCAAAGUUGUACUCUAUGGGCCACCACAAGGCUCUGUUGAGGAACAGAUCUCCACCUUGAACACGGCCAAAGAGGUCUUUCUCAAGAUGGACACAGACACUCUUCCUGGACGCUUGCCGUGGCCGACCUUGUGGUAUACCGACCUACACAUGGGAAACAUUUACGUUUCUGAGAAGGAGCCUACCCAAAUCGUCUCAAUUAUCGAUUGGCAAUCGAUCGUGAUCUCGCCUUUGUUCUAUCAAGUUCGCUUCCCUGAACUCAUAACCAUUGGUGAGGACUACGAGCUUGGACCUGAGAUACCAACGCUUCCGGAGAACAUCGACGAAAUGGACGACGAUGAUCAAGCAGUUCUAAGGUUCAAACACAAACAAGCAAUGAAAGGCAAAGCUUAUGAGGCUGCCAGCGGUUUCAAGAACAAAAAUGUCUUCAAAUCUAUCCGCCUUCCUCCCCUUUCUCGACAACUCUUCCUUCGUUGCGGAGAAGCGUGGGAAGAGGGCAUUGUACCUCUUCGAGUUUGCCUGAUUGCCAUAGCAGACGUAUGGAAAGAAGCUGGGUUUACCGGCGACUGCCCGUACGAGUUCAGCAAGGGUGAGAUUGAGCGGUAUCAGCAUGAAUUCCAAAAAUACCGGGAUCACCACAAGAUCUGUGAGCUCGCUCGGGAGUAUCUUGGUACUGAUACCGACGGCUGGAUUGCCCCUGAUGAUGACUUCAACGAGAAGCAGCAACGAAACAAGGAACUCCUUGACAUUUGCAUGGCUCAUUGUGCAGAGUAUGGUAAAUCGACCGAAGAAAUGCGGAAAAUAUGGCCAUACUUAUAAGGGUCUGGGUGUCGACCAUUCAACUUGCAAUAACGUACCACCGCGUGCGCCAA